AGGGAAGAAAAAAAAGAACAAGGGCUAAACAGGAAACAAAACAAACCACAACACAUUUAAAUUGCUGUAUACAAUUUUAGAGAAAAAAUAAUAAUGAUAAAAGAAUAAAAACAUUUAAUACGUGCAUUAUGCCUAUUAAAGACGUCAGAUGCGUGCAUUGGGGUCUAAAUAAAAAGAAAAGGAAAAAAAACAAAAAACAAAAGCCCUGUCCACGCCUAUAUAAGCAAGCACCCAUCUUUUUAAUCUCAGUAAUUACAAUCUCAUCUCUACGCCAAGCCUAACCCUAAAAUCCCCACAUGGCGCUUGAUAACAACUGCUCUGCAAAGGACGACGGCGGCGGGGGAAAGGACCUUUCCCCGCAAGAGAGGGUCGGCUAUGACACCGAUGAGUCGCUUUGGAAUUCAAUUUUGAAGUCAAGGGAAAACAAGUCUAAACCACCAAUGACUGCAGAGCAAAGGAGGUUUGAAGAUCUUAUGACUUAUUUUGUUAACAACGUGUCACCGAAUGUUGACUUUUUGAAGGCCCCGGACCCUCCUAUACCCGCCGGUGAAUGUAGGUAUUGUUUAAAGGUGGAUGAUCACAUUACACAACUGUGCCCCUACAAGUAUGAUGUCCCAAAGAAUGCAAUUCUUGGCAAGGGCUGUUCGGUUCAGUGUGUUGUCUGCGGAUGUAGGUUUAGAGACUCAUGUUGUGCCAAAUGCGGCCAUACCCGUGGACGUGCAAUCCUCAUGGAUUGUAGAAUCUGUGGGAAGUCAUAUGACCACUGGCCUGAUAUGUGCCCGCAACGCGAUUUGAAUUCUUCUUUUACGUGCGACCCUUAUACUGGUUAUAUUUCUUUCUAGACUUGUACUCCGAAAGAGUAGAGAAUAGAGAAUGAAUUGUACUCUAGAGUUAAGCAAAAGAGAAAGGAGUGCUUUUUUAUGUUGUUUGCCAAAAAUGGGGCAUGUUUUUGUUUAGCCAUGCAUCCUAUCAUUUAGAUGCCUACAACUUGUAUUGUUUUUAUCGCAAAUGAAUUGCAAUUUGCAGUGUCAUUGUCUAUUAUAUUCU